AUGUCGGAACCACAGCCUGACCUGGAGCCACCCCAACAUGGGCUGUACAUGCUCUUCCUGCUUGUGCUGGUCUUCUUCCUCAUGGGCCUCGUAGGCUUCAUGAUCUGCCACGUGCUCAAGAAGAAGGGCUACCGCUGCCGCACAUCCAGGGGCUCGGAGCCUGAUGACACCCAGCUCCAGCCCCCUGAGGACGAUGACAUGAAUGAGGACACAGUAGAAAGGAUUGUUCGCUGCAUCAUCCAAAACGAAGCCAAUGCUGAGGCCCUGAAGGAGAUGCUGGGGGACAGUGAAGGAGAAGGGACAGUACAGCUGUCCAGUGUGGAUGCCACUUCCAGCCUGCAGGAUGGAGCCCCCUCCCAUCAUCACACAGUGCACCUGGGCUCUGCAGCCCCUUGCAUCCACUGCAGCCGCAACAAGAGGCCCCCACUUGUCCGUCAGGGACGCUCCAAGGAAGGAAAGAGCCGCCCCCGGCCUGGGGAGACCACUGUGUUCUCUGUGGGAAGGUUCCGGGUGACACACAUUGAGAAGCGCUAUGGGCUGCAUGAGCAUCAUGAUGGUUCCCCCACGGACAGGAGCUGGGGGUCUAGCGGGGGACAGGACCCAGGGGGCAGUCAAGGGUCUGGGGGAGGGCAGUCCAGGGCAGGGAUGCCAGCCAUUGAGAGCCUGCCCCCUGAGAGGCCACAGCCCCAGGCCCUCACCAGCCCCCCAGUGCAGAAUGGAGGACCCAGGGACAGCAGCCUGGUCCCUUGUGCACUUGGGGGGAACCCUGGAGCCUCUGCAGAGCCGAUGCUGGGGGCUGAAGGGAGGGGCACAAGCCCAGGGAUGACCAGUCAAGAAACAAAUGGACAGCCAAGCAAACUGGACACCUCAGAUCACCAGGUGUCUCCUGCACGGGGAGCAAAGGGUAUGUGAGGUGAGUGUGCCUGGGCUCCAAGUCAGAUAAUGUCAUCCUCCCACCCUCUGCUUACACUACUUAAGCCCACUGGUUGGCUCCCUGUACCCCAGGUUUAGCCUUUGAUGCAUAUUCUUUGGUUUGGUGUGGGGAGCAGGCAUGUGCUCCAGAGGAUAGGGAAAGUCCUGCAGCCCCCAGGGAAAAGCUGGAAUAGCGCUUGACUAGGAGACAACACUAUUACUCUUCCUCUCCUCCAAGCCUCCUCUUCAUUGCUGAAGAACUACCAGCUUGCAGAGCCAGGGUGUGGGUGGCUAUGAAGCCCCUCCUUUCCACUGCACAGCACUGCCCCCCAGCUGAGGGACCAGCCCUACUUCUACCUGGAGUCGCACGGUCUCAGGCUGGGGGACCUUGGGAGAAGACCCCAACUCCCACCCCUGGCCCUCAAGCUUCCUCUUCCCCUGCCUGCCAACAGGCUGCCUGACCCACCUUCCCCAUCACCUCGCUCCAUAUGCUAGAGCGC